AUGGUUCUGAAAGUGCAGGUUGUCCGAUCUCCUGCCUGCCUGCUGGACUCCACGUCGUCACCUGCCUUCCACAGGUUGGUGCUCUACCAGCCUCCACGGUGGGAACCUCCACCUGGGGGUGCAGAGGGCUUUAUCGCCUCGGACAUGACUUCCCGCAAUUCGAGCACGCAGCUGUGGCUCAUCACGCACUACCACGAGCAUGGGUCACUCUAUGACUUUCUGCAGAGGCAGACGCUGGAGCCCCAGCUGGCCCUGAGGCUGGCUGUAUCGGCCGCCUGCGGCCUGGCACACUUGCACGUGGAGAUCUUCGGCACGCAGGGCAAACCGGCCAUCGCCCACCGGGACCUCAAAAGCCGCAACGUGUUGGUCAAGAGCAACCUCCAGUGCUGCAUCGCCGACCUGGGCCUGGCUGUGAUGCACUCCCAGGGUAGUGAUUACCUGGACAUCGGAAACAACCCACGAGUGGGCACCAAGCGGUACAUGGCCCCCGAGGUGCUGGAAGAGCAGAUCCGCACCGACUGCUUCGAGUCCUACAAGUGGACAGACAUCUGGGCCUUUGGCCUGGUGCUGUGGGAGAUCGCCCGUCGGACCAUUGUCAAUGGCAUCGUGGAGGACUACCGGCCACCCUUCUAUGACGUGGUGCCCAAUGAUCCCAGCUUUGAGGACAUGAAGAAGGUGGUGUGUGUUGAUCAGCAGACCCCCACCAUCCCCAACCGGUUGACCGCAGACCCGGUCCUCUCAGGCCUGGCUCAGAUGAUGCGGGAGUGCUGGUACCCCAACCCUUCUGCCCGCCUCACGGCUCUGCGGAUCAAGAAGACACUACAGAAACUCAGCAACGGUCUCGAGAAGCCCAAAGUGAUUCGCUAG